AUGGCGGCGCACGUCGGGAGCCAGCGCAUCGCCGCCGACUACGACGUGCUCAUCCUCGGCGGCGGCUGCGCCGGCCUCGCGUGCUACGAGGCGCUCCGCGCGCAGGACCUGCGCUGCGCCAUCGUCGAGUCGAAGGCCUUCCUCGGCGGCCGCGUGCGCGGCUUCGCCGGCGCCGAGCACCACGACGCCGGCGCGGCCUGGGUCCACGGCGCGUCGCCGGCGAACCCGCAACUCGCGCUCGCGGCCGCCGCGGGCGUCGCCGUCUCCGAGACGUUCCCCGCGAACCCGUGGUGCCGGCCCGCGGUCUUCCGGAGCCGCGCGGCCUUCUACCGGUGCGGCGCGCGCGUCGGCGCCGCGGACGUCGCGGCGGGCGGCGCGCUCCACGCCGCGGCGACGCGGCGCGUCGAGGCGCGCGCGGCCGCGGCCGUCGCCGCGGGCGACGCGGCGGCGACGCUCGCCGGCGCGCUCGACUACGGCGGCGCGGCCGGCGCGGCCGCCUUCGUCGCGCGGGCGCACGCGACGAUGAUGGAGCUCUGGAUGGGCGCGUCCGCGCGCGAGCUCCAGCUCCGCGAGUUCGAGGCCCAGGCCGACGACGACGCGCUCUGCGGCGACUUCCCCGGCGCGCACGGCCUGCCGCGGGGGGGCAUGCGCGGCGUUUUGGCGCCCCUCGUCGCGGCCGUGCCCGAUUCGGCGAAGCUCCUCGGCCGCCGCUGCGUCGCCGUGCGUUUGACCGGCGCGGCGGGCGUCCGCGUCGAGACGCUCGGCGGCGACGCGUACGCGUGCCAACGCUGCGUCGUCGCGCUGCCGCUCGGCGUGCUCCGGGACGCGCCCCCGGCCUUCGACCCGCCCCUGCCGGCGGCGAAGGCGCGCGCCAUCGCGCGCCUCGGCGUCGGCGCCUACGCGAAGGUGCUCCUGCGCUUCGAGCGGCGCUGGUGGCGCGACGGCGACGGCGACGUCGCCCCCGGGUUCCUCGUGCUCGAGGACGGCGACGACGUCGUCGUCUGCUUCGACGACGGCUCGGACGACUGCGCGCUCGAGGCGACCUUCGCGGGCGACGCGGCGCGCGCGUGCGACGCCGCGCGCCACGGCCGCCGCGUCGCGCGCGUGCUCGCGGCGCUCGAGCGGGCCACGGGCGAGGCGCCGCCGCCGCCCGUCGCCGCGUACACAACGGACUGGACGAACGACCCGGACGCCCGGGGCGCGUACUCGUUCUGGCCCGCGGGCGCGGGCGACGCGGACGUCGACGACCUCGCCGCGCCCGUCGACGGGCGCCUCUUCUUCGCCGGCGAGGCCACGUCCGUCGAGUACCAGGGGUCCAUGGCCGGCGCGCUCCUCUCGGGCGCGCGCGCGGCCGCGGAGGUCUACGGCGAGAUCAUCGAGCGGCCCCUGGACCUCAACGCCGUCGCGCGCCGCGCGGCGCGCGGCGACUACUCGGGCGACGGCCUCGCGCGCGCGCGGCGCCGCAGCACCGCGCCCCCGGCGCCGCCCACGCCCCGCCCCCCGUGCGCAGGCGAGCGCUUCAACGAGCAGUCGCCGCAGUACCGCGAGCUCGCCCGGCACCUGCGGACGCACUUCGACGAGAUGUGGGCGCGCGUCGUCGCGGAACCGCUCACGCCGAUCGCGUCGAGCCGCGCGGCGGCGGAGGACGCGCGCCUCGCCGCGGCGCGCUGGCGCGACCGGUUCCUCCGCGUCGCCGGCGGCGAGAAGUUGACGGCGCGCGAGCGCCGGGAGUGCGGCGAGGCGUUCGCGCGCGAGGGCUGCGGCGGCGCCGCGGCGCUCUGCGCCGGCGACCCGGACGUCGAGGCCGUGCUCGGCGCCGCGAGGGCGGACCUCGGCGGCCGGUCGAGCGCGGGCUACGACGCGCUCGAGGCGCGGCUGCUCCUCCGGUGCGCGGAGCGCGCGCGGCGCGGCACGGAGCUGUCGCUGUCCUGGUGCGCGGCGACGGAGCUGCGGUGGGCCAAGGCCGGCGGCGCCUGGUGGCCCGCGCUCGUGCUCGGCCUGGGGGGCUGCUGCUUCAGCGACAGCGCGACGCGCGCGAACCUCGGCCGCAUGGCACCGGACGUCGCGGACAAGCUCGCGCCGCAUGGCGCGGGCGCGCGGGCGGCCAAGAGCCGGGACCGGGGCUUCGCGCUGCUCGAGUACCUGGGCACGCACGAGGUCGGCUGGGUGCGCCUCGAGCAGACGGAGCCCGACGCGGCGUUUGCCGCCUACGACGCCGCGCCGCCGAAGAAGCCCAAGGACCGCGAGCUCCACGACGCCGCCGUCGACGAGGCGGCCAAGGCCCGCGCGGAGCUCGCGAAGCGCCGCGGCGGCGGCGACGAGGACGCGGCCUACGCGGCCGCGGGCGCGCGCCUCGCGGCCGCGCGCGGCGGCGCGGCCGGCGGCGGCGACAGCGACGACGCGUCGUCGUCCGACGACGAGCGGCCCGCGGCGCGGUCCACGGCCCCCUCCGGCGAGCCCGAGGAGCGGCCGCCGCCGAAGAAGCGGCGCAAGGCCAAGGCCGAGAGCCCCAAGGCGCCGCCGCCGCCGGCGAACGGCGUCGGCGGCAUGACGUGGGCGCCCGUCGGCGCGGCGGACGUCGCCGCGGCCGCGGCCGCGGGCCCGCCGCCGAAGAAGAAGCGCGGCGGCGGCAAGAAGAAGAAGAAGGCCGAGGAGGCCAAGGCCGAGGCGCCGCCGCCGGCGCCGCCGCCGGAGCCCGAGCCCGAGCCCGAGCCCGAGCCCGAGCCCGAGGACGACGUGCCCAUCCUCUCGAAGCGCGCCAAGGCGCCCAAGAUGUCCGUGUCCCAGAUCCCCAAGGAGAAGAAGGACGGCAAGGCCGCGCCGCGCGCGCGGUCCCGCGCCAAGUCCGACCGGCCCCGCGCGCCGUCGAAGAAGGCCGACAAGCCCAAGUUCGAGAUGCGCGACCUCCGGGACCAGGCGACGGCGAAGAUCCGGAGCUACGUCGCCGAGCUCUUCCGCCGCCACGCCGCCGGCGACCCCAAGGCGACGCUCCACGCCGCCAAGAAGCGCCGCGGCGACCGCGACGUCGCCCAGGCCGCGCCGCCGCCUCGGCCCGCGGCCGCGGACGACGGCCUCGACGCGCGGACCAAGGCCGCGUGCCGCGAGCGCGCCAGGCUCGCCCACGACCGCGAGCUCGCCCAGCUCGCCGUCGAGACGUGCUGGGACGACGAGACGGAGUCCGAGGCCGAGGCGCUCCCCGAGGGCAUGGGGCCGGACGACGGGUCGAUGACCGAGGAGGCCGAGCAGCACUACCUGAGCAUCAUCAAGGCGCGCCUCGAGGCCGAGGUCGACCGCCUCAAGGAUCUCUGCGCCUCCGCCGACAAGUUCGCCGCGCACCGCGCCGCGGCCGAGGCCGCGCGGUGGCGCGACGUCCGCGCGGCGCGCGCGGCGCGCCGCGCCGCGGGCGAGGCCGACGUGAGCGACGACGAGGACCUGAGCGACCCGGCCGUGCGCGACCCGCUCCACGGCCACACGCCCGAGGCGCGGCGCGCCGUCGCCGAGCUCCUCUACAAGCACCGCCACGUCCGCGGCGCGGGCGUCUACGUCCGCGACGACCACCUCGACGCGGACGACGAGGCCGACGGCGACGACGACCGCGCCUGCGUCGAGGCGCUCUACGCGCACCCGGCGUCGACCUACGACUGGGAGGCCCCGUCGUCGCGGCCCAUGCCCAAGGGCCACUGGGACGCGCCCGCCAUGCGCAUGCCGCGCGUGCGUCUCGUCGUCGCGCUCUCGGCGUUCGCCGCCGCGUCCCUGGAGCGCGCGUCGACGCUCGAGGAAUGGCUCGGGGCGAUGACCCUGGACCCGGGCGUCGAUUUCGAGACGACGAUCGCCGGCACGUCGCUGGAGAUCACGGACCUGACCUGCGAAGACCUGAAGAUCACGGGCGCGCUCGCGGCCGCCUACGAGGCGCCGCGCGCUUUGCGCGCGACCGUCGCGGGCGUCGAGGCCGAGUGCGAGGGCAAGUACGAGUGGAGCUACAGCAUCUUCGGGCAGAAGGUCUCCGGCGACGGGCGCGUGACCGGCGACCUCAGGGACGCGGCCCUGGACGUCCGCCUCGACUUCGGCGCCGACGGCCGCGGCGCGCCGACGACGCUCGCGAUCGGCGCGUGCGACGCCGCGGUGACGCUCGACGGCGUGAAGCUCCGGGGCGACGCUUUGGGGAGCCUGCUCGACGGCUUCACGGACGCCAUCGUCGGCUUCUACGACGAGCAGAUCGCGGACGCGAUCUGCGCCGCUUUGGCCGGCGCCGUCUCCGCGGACCUGACCGGCAUCUCGCCGUCGUGCGAGGCGGGCGCCGCGCCGGAGACCCCGACGCCGCGCGGGCCCUCGCGGAAACGCGGCGACCUCUUCGGGCUGCUCCUGGACGUCGGCGCGCGGCUGGGCCUGCCGCUCGCGUCGGAAGAGGCGCUGGACCUCGGCGGCCUCAGCGUCGCCACGGUCGGCGGCGCGGGCCCGGAGCGGGCGCGGCUCGCGGUGUCCGUCGCCGACGCGUCGCUGACGGCCGCGUCGGGCGCGCUCGCGGACGUGCCGCGCGCGCGGCUCGACGCCUUCGCGAAGACGCCGGCGACGACGGCCGAGACGGUCGCGUUCGGCGCGGCCGUCGGCGAGCCGCUGGCCCUGGCCCUGGCCCUGCGCGUGGACGUCCGCGGCGGCGCUACGCUGGGAACGCGGACGUUCGUCCAGGGCCUCGCGAGCCCGCCGCUCGCCUAUGAUCUUGAUGCAAACACAACCAUCACAAACGUCGCCGUCGACGCGGCGGCCGCGGUCGCCAUGACCGCGGACGCGACGAGGGCGGGCGUCGCGGCCUUCGAGCUCGGCGGCGCGGCGGACGCGGCCUGCGCGCGCGACGCGCUCCGCGUCGCGGACGCGCGCGUCGACGCGGUGUCGCUCGACUUCGGGGACGCGGCGCUGGCGCUCGACGGCGCGGCCUUCGCGGCCUCGGCCGCGGCGCCGGGCGGCGCGCUGGAGGCGGCGCUGGCGGCCGAGGUCGCGCCCGCGGCCGCGGCGCUCGUCGACGGCGGGUUCAACAGGUUCGCGGCCUGCGCCGCGCGCGCGGCCAUCGCCGCGAACGCCGCGCCCGCGCUCACGCGCGCGCUCCGCCGCGCGGCGGCCGCGUCAGAGCCGGAGCCCGCGCGCGCGGCGCGGAGCCGCGCGAAAUGCGCGGCGGCCCGGGCCGCCGCGGCGCCGCCGGCGCAAAUUGCGCUCGACGCGUCCGGGCUGCUUCGAAGCGCCGCGGACGCGGCCAGGGGCCUCCAGCUCGCGGGGCCCCUCCGCGGCUUCGCGGAGAGCCUCGCGGGCGGCGACGGCCGCGUCGUCCUCUCGCGCCGCGGCGCGCGCGUCGCGAUCGGCCCCCUGCGGUCCGCCGUCGCCGUGUCCGACGUCUUCCUCGCGAACGCGGCGUCAAUCGACGACGUCCGCGCGUUCCCGCGCGGCGCCGACUCGCUCUUGGACGCGACGACCGUCGAGCUCCUGUCGCUGCGCGCGGGCUUCGGCCGGGGCCCCGUCGUCGGCGGCGCGACGCUGACCUUCGACACGCCCUUUGGGGGCGCGACCGUCGCGCUCAACGGCACGUUCUCGCGGUUAGCCGUCGACGCGGCGACGGCGCGCGUCGUCGUCGACGGCGCGGCCUUCGACGGGCUGCGCGGCGCGGACGUGGGCCUCGACGAGCUCUUCGACGCCUCGGGCGACCUCGCGUGGCAGUGCCUCCUCGGGACGCUCGGCGGCGCGGGCCUACAGCGCGCGAAGCUCCGCGUCGGCCGCGCGGCCGCGCGGGCCGCGUCCGCGACGCCGGGCGCCGCGGAGCUCGUCGAGGACGCCGUCGGCGCCGCCGUCGCCGUCGUCGGGCGCUACGUGGACCCGGCGGCCGCGCGGCGCGAGGCGCUGUGGCUGGCCAACGACGCCUUCCACGACUUCCUCGCGCGGUCGAAGCGGACGUGCGUCCGGAAGCGGCCCGGCGCGGGAGUCGCGCCGCGCGUCGACGCGCGCGGCGACCGGCCCGCGGCGGCGGCGGCGAACGACCCCAGCGGCGUCGACGGCGAGGAGGCGGCGCUCCUCGGGUUCGCGUCGAUUCUGGGGCUGCUCGGGACCAUGCUCCUGGGCUUCGGCGCCAUCUGGGCGCGGCGCCGGGCCAAGGCGGAGGGGAAGCGCCCGGAGCCGCGCGCGGACGCCGGGCACCGGUCGCUCAUGGCCGACGCGCCCGUGCCCGGAGCGUUGAAAGUCGCGUUGCUGGUCAUCCUCCUGGGCAACGGCGCGCUCCUCGCGACGUCGAACGUCGCGCUCGCGGCCGAGAUCCGCGCGCGCGUGAACGUCGACCUCGCGGGGCGCGCCGAGACGCUCUGGGUCGACGCGGGCUCCAAGUUCUCCCUCGCCGAGUCCGUCGGCAAGCUCUGGGACGCGAGGAGCUACGCGCUCGCGAUCCUCAUCGCGGCGCUGAGCGGCGCGUGGCCCUACGCGGAGCUCGGCUGCCUGCUCUGGGGCUACUGCGCGCGCGGCGUUCCGCCCGCGCGGCGCGAGUCCGUGUUCAAGACCGUGGAGAUGCUCAGCAAGUGGUCCUUCAUCGACGUCUUCAUCGUCGUGCUGCUCGUCGUCGCCUGCCACGUGGGCGUGGCGGUCGACGCGCGGACCGCGAGCCUCGAGCUCGACGUCUUCGUCGGGGCAGCACAAGAGAGCGAAAUUCCCAACUUCAAAGGCUCCGAUCUCGGCCGUUUUCCACUCGUCUUCGUCGAGAUGCGCUACGCGUUCUACGCGUUCUGCCUCGCGACGGUGACGUCCAUGCUCUGCGGCCAGGUCCUGCUCGCGCUCCACCGCCGCGUCCACGACGGCGCGGCCGCUACCGCGGGCGGCGCGCCGGCGGCGCUCGCGGCGCACGCGCUCAAGGGCCGGCCGCCGCGCGUGUGGCAGCGGUGCGUCGCGCCCGCGGCGGCCGCCGUCGCGGCGCUCCUGUGCGCGGGGCUGGCCAUGGAGUUUCUCACCUUCGACGUCGGCGGCGCCGCGGGCCUCCUCCAGGACCUCGCGGACCGCGGCUCCGACGCGCGCGACUACGACGCGCUCGGCCUCGCGCUCGGCCUCGAGGACGCGACGCCCGACGACGGCUGGCGGCCCUGCGCGCGCGCCGUCGCCGCGCUGACGCUCGUCUUCGCCUUUUUCGUGCCGCUGGCGAACCUCGCGAUCCUCGCGGCGCUCUGGGCGCUGCCGCUGCGCCCGGCGGCGCAGGCGAGGCUCGCCGCGGCGAACGACGUGACCUACGGCUGGUCGUCGCUCGACGUCUUCGUCGUCGCCGUCGUCGCGACGGGCGCGCAGCUCGGCGAUCUGGUCGACGCGUUGGCGAAGAAGCGAUGCAAGCAGGUCGACGGCGUGCUGGGCGCCUUCUUCGACGCGGCGCUCGAGGGCGACGCGACGUGCCUCCGCCUCGCCGUCCGCGUGCGGCCGGGCUGCGUCGUCCUCGCGGCCGCGGCCGCGCUCCACGCGCUCCUCGGCUACCUCGCCUCGCACGCGACGACCGCGGCCGUCGCGGAGCGCGUCGCCGCCGGCGCCGGCGACGACUUCGACGUCGAGCUCGUCCCGGACCGCGAGGCCAAGGUCGUCGGCGCGCCCGUCGCGGGCGACGGCGACCCGCCGGCCGACGACGGCGACCCGACCGACGACGACCGGGCGAGCCCGACGCGGUCCCCGCUCGUCGAGGGCCGCUCCGUCCGGGACUCGUAA